AGGAGUGACGGCAGACACAGCCCAAGCUGUGUGGCGGUGGCAAGCACUGGGGCCAGCAGCACAGCCCGGGCAUGACCAUGGAGCAGCGAUGCAUGGACAGGAUCUCCUCAUUCCUCUUCGAGUAUGACACCCCCCGCAUGGUGCUGGUGCGGAACAAGAAGGUGGGACUGACCUUCCGGAUGAUCCAGCUCGUCGUCCUGGCGUACAUCAUAGGGUGGGUUUUCCUCUAUGAGAAGGGCUACCAGACACAGGACACCGUCAUCAGCUCUGUGUCAGUGAAACUCAAGGGCCUGACGAUGACCAACGAGAGCACCUUGGGUCCACGCAUCUGGGAUGUGGUGGAUUAUGUCUUCCCACCCCAGGGGGACAGUUCUUUUGUGGUGAUGACCAACUUCAUUAUCACCCUUGGACAGAAACAAGGAACCUGCCCUGAGCUGCCAGAUGCUGGUUUCUGCAGGCAGGACAGCGACUGCAGUAAGGGGACUUACAGCCGCCAGGGGCAAGGAAUCAUGACAGGCAAAUGCAUUGAUUUCAACACUACAGUGAAGACCUGUGAAAUCUUCGGCUGGUGCCCUGCUGAAGUGGACUACUACAUCCCCAACCCUGCCCUGUUGCCAGAAGUGGAGAACUUCACCCUUUUCAUCAAGAACAGCAUCACCUUCCCCAAGUUCAAGGUGUCCAGGCGGAACUUAGUGGAGAGCAUCACCACGCAGUACCUGAAGAAGUGCACGUACCACAAAGUCACUGACUCCUUGUGCCCUAUGUUCAACCUGGGAUAUAUCGUGAGGGAAUCAGGUCAAAAUUUCAGUGUGUUGGCUGUGAAGGGCGGUGUGGUGGGCAUCACCAUCGACUGGAACUGUGACCUCGACUGGCCUAUCCGGUACUGCAAACCUAUUUACCAGUUCCACGGCCUGUACAAUGACAACACUAACGUUUCACCAGGCUUCAAUUUCAGAUAUGCCAAAUACUACAGAGAAGAUGGGAUAGAAAAGAGGACGCUGUACAAGGUGUUUGGGAUCCGAUUUGACAUCCUGGUGAACGGCAAGGCGGGCAAAUUUGACAUCAUCCCCACCAUGACCACAAUUGGCUCUGGGAUUGGUAUUUUUGGAGUGGCCUCUGUCCUGUGUGACCUGCUCCUGCUGCAUUUUCUCCAAGGACGGGACUACUACAAGCAGAAGAAGUUCAAGUACGCAGAACAGGAGCCUUCAAAGUCAACGAAGAAAGAGAAGGAGCUGGACAAAUCACCGUGAGAGCAUUCCACACUGCCCGACAGACCCGCAACCUCUUCCUCCUCCUCUUCCAAAAUACAGUCGUCAUCCCCAUCACCAGCCUCAAGGCUGCAGGAGCAGCAUCCGAUGUCGACUCACAGGAAUUCUGGGCACGGGGCUUGCUGGGACACUGGAGCAGGUGGCACCUGCAUGGGCCACAGGGGACCUGCUCUCACUGAGGCACCCACGGGACCCUCCACCAGCCUUGUGUGGGGUGCUGGACCCGUGCUGAGGUGUCCUGCAUCCCAGGCCCCUGCAGCCUUGAGCAGAUGCAGAUGGAGGAGAAGGGGUGGAAGGAGAGCCAGUCAGAGCCAUGCUCAGUCCCUCAGCAUGGGAGAGAGAGUUAUUUUGUAAGAAUGUAUUUUAUUAAAAAUAAUAAUAAUAAUAAACCUUUAGUUUUUCUACUA